AUGGCGCGCCUGAGUGCUCAAGGCGUUGCGUCUGCAGAGGUUCAGCAAUCCCCAGCGCAGUCGCUCAAUACCACCUCUGAAACCACCAACGAUGAAGCGGUUCCGCCCUUCUUCAACACGACUUUCUCAACUCAUCGUGUUUCACCCAUGCACAUUGGGAAAUCGCGUCUCACAGGCCAACGGCUCCAGGUCAUCGCCAGUCGCCUUCGUGAUACCCUUGUCGGCGAUGUAGUUCGUGGCAUCCAACUCAGUUUGGAGGCAGCAGAUACAUCUUUUGGUCAAGUUGGUACUCUCAAGGGCGUCCGAAUCGAAUGGUUUCGUGCCAGUACCUUUCUGGGUGAAGACGCGCCUGAUUUCGACCUCGAAGCUCCACGCGGCGACCAGAGCGACCUUCCAGACGACCAGAAACAAGGGCUCUGGAUAAGCAUAGAGCAUGAGAAUGCUGCUUAUGCUGCGAUUCUUCUACCUGGGCUAUCAGAUUCCUCACAGUCGCGGCAAAUUGAUGAUCAAAGCAGGUUUCUACAUCUGCCAUUAUUGUUACUGCGCAUGCCCCAGCAACUCAAGACCGUUGUGGCAAAUUGGCUUGCUGCUUCUUUCGACUGUCGCGUCAGUCGGAUAACAAUGGGGACUAAGACUAUUCUCGGAGUAUGGGAAAGCUGGAUCGUAAACGAAGGUCUCAACGACCGAGGUAUUGACUUCACCAUAACACUUGCAUUCAACGUCUCGCUUCAGAUCAGCGAGGACCCAACGGCUAUCGACAAACGCCAAACUCAAGAAGAAACCAAGCCUAACCCAGGGCUUCGAUCUGUUGAUAUCACCAUAUCUGCACAAGACCUUCGCCGCUUUGUGCGUGCUGGUGAGAAGAGCCAUAUCCCAGUUGAUGCUUCUUGGCAAGGAGACGCCCGUGAACGACGCAGGCUUGCUGGAGGUAACACAGACGACGGCUGGGCUUGGCGUACAAAGGGUCCUCCCGAAGCAUCCCCCUUUACGGAAGCCUUGGGACUCUAUCUACAUCACCAUCUUGCGCUGGAUCUUUUCCAUCCCGGCGUACAUGUUACUCAGAUCUCCUGCGCUGGGUUCGUGCUGGGUCAGAGUCGCCUAAAGAUCAUAAUGCCAGGUGAUAUCAGCCAGAGCAUCUCCCGCGCUGCGUGGUCCUUUGUGGCGCAACUUGGACAAAGGGUCCAGGGUGAGCAGCUGCCGCAGGUAUUUGCCAAUCAACCCGGAGUUUGA